AUAUGAUAACAACAACCCUAGUUUGUUUGGUAGCUGCUGCUAGUGGGGUUUGGUUUCGUUUUUAUUUAUUAUAAAUCAGUUACCACAGUUUAGUUGCAAGUUUAAACAGCCGCCAGCCGCAUCAAGCUUCAGUCAUAGUCGUACUCGCGCUCUUAACUCUACACAUUUUAAUUAUGGUCAGGCGGGCAUUCUAAAGUACAAAAAAAUAACAAACCACAACAACAACAUCGAAAGCGAAACCGUGAGAAACGCCAGCUGCUGCUUGCUGCGUGUGCUGUGUGCCAGGAUACAACUACUUGGAGAAGAAAAUAUAAAAAUAGAAACACAAACAAAGUACAAGUGCAAGUGCAAGUAGUGCCAAACUGUUAAACAAGUUGCCAAAAUAAAAAAGAAAUUAAUAACCGACAAGGAAUACAAAUAAAUUGAAGUCUAUUUAAACAGCAUGUGCUUAAAUGAAGAGCUACAGCCAAUUUAAUUUAAACGCCGUUGCCGCCGCACCGCCCGCCAUUGUCUACGAGAACGCAGCCGCAGCAGCAGCCGGCAACAAUAGCAACACCGUGGACCACAGUCAGCUGCACAGCCACAGCCAGGAUAUGCCGCACUUUGGACUGGGCAGUGCGCCGCCGCCGCAACAGCAGCUACAAGUGCAUCAUCAACAACAACAACAACAACAACAACAGCAACAACAACAAAUGCAGCUAUCUAUGCUGCCGGUUGCUGUGCCAGGUCCAUACCGGUCGCACAUUGAGGAAAAGAAGCUGACGCGUGAUGCCAUGGAGAAAUAUAUGCGCGAGCGCAACGACAUGGUCAUCGUCAUAUUGCACGCCAAGGUGGGUCGCACAAAAUCCUAUGGCAAUGAGAAGCGUUUCUUUUGCCCUCCACCGUGCAUUUAUCUGUUUGGCAGCGGCUGGCGACGGCGCUACGAGGAGAUGCUGCAGCAGGGCGAGAGCGAGCAGGGAGCACAGCUAUGCGCGUUCAUUGGCAUUGGCAGUAGCGAUCAGGAUAUGCAGCAGCUGGAUCUCAAUGGCAAACAGUAUUGUGCGGCCAAGACGCUGUUCAUAUCCGAUUCGGAUAAGCGCAAACAUUUCAUGUUAUCUGUUAAGAUGUUCUAUGGCAAUGGCCACGACAUUGGCGUGUUCAAUUCGAAGCGCAUCAAGGUCAUCUCGAAGCCGUCCAAAAAGAAGCAAUCGCUGAAAAAUGCCGAUCUGUGCAUAGCCAGCGGCACCAAUGUCGCCCUGUUCAAUCGCCUGCGCUCCCAAACUGUCUCCACACGCUAUUUGCACGUGGAGAAUGGACAUUUUCACGCCUCGUCAACGCAAUGGGGCGCCUUUACGAUACAUCUGCUCGAUGACAAUGAGUCCGAGUCGGAGGAGUUUCAAGUGCGCGACGGCUAUAUCCACUAUGGUGCGACAGUUAAGCUGGUCUGCUCUGUGACGGGCAUGGCCCUGCCGCGUCUAAUCAUACGCAAAGUGGACAAACAGAUGGCACUGCUGGAGGCAGAUGAUCCGGUGUCGCAACUGCAUAAGUGCGCCUUCUAUAUGAAGGAUACGGAUCGUAUGUAUCUAUGCCUCUCCCAGGAGAAGAUCAUACAAUUUCAGGCCACGCCGUGUCCCAAAGAGCCGAACAAGGAGAUGAUCAACGAUGGCGCCUGCUGGACAAUCAUAUCCACCGACAAAGCUGAAUAUCAAUUCUACGAGGGCAUGGGUCCAGUGGCAUCUCCGGUAACGCCUGUGCCAAUUGUUAACUCACUAAACUUGAAUGGCGGCGGCGAUGUGGCUAUGUUGGAACUGAGUGGCGACAAUUUCACGCCGCACUUGCAGGUCUGGUUCGGCGAUGUCGAAGCGGAGACCAUGUAUCGCUGCACGGAAACGCUUCUCUGUGUAGUGCCUGAAAUCUCACAGUUUCGCGGCGAAUGGCUUUGGGUGCGACAGCCGACUCAGGUGCCUAUAUCAUUGGUGCGCAAUGAUGGCAUCAUUUAUGCCACUGGUCUAACAUUCACCUAUACGCCGGAGCCUGGGCCGCGUUCGCAUUGUAAUCAGGCUGAGGAUGUUAUGCGUACGCGUCACAAUAACAAUAACAUCACAGGCAUCAGUAACAAUAACAAUAACAAUAGCAACAGCAAUAAUAAUAACAACAAUAACAACAACAGCAGUAAUUCACCAGCUAGCGGUUCCAGUUUACAGCAGAGCAUGCAACAGCAAACGCAUCAAACACUGCCCUCGAUCUCAGCAGUGCAGUGGAAUAGCCAUGGGAGCGGCUUGUCUUGAGUGCGGCAGUAUUUCUAUUAUUUGCAA